UUUGACUUUGCUUCAAAUUCGUACUCCACUGAAUCGUCGGGUGAAAUCGGAAAUUAAUAAAGCAGCUACAUUCACGUUGCUUAAGAGAAACGUCAAAGUUUUAAAAUAAUUUUAAAACGUUAACGGAAUUAGAGUGAAUAUAUUUACAAACACGACUUCGAUAGUAUUUUAAAUGGAUAACUUUCAAACUCCAAUAAAAAAUAAAUUGAUAAAUAAUGUUAUACAAAUACCUCCGAGUCCUUUAAUGAAAAAAAUAGGAUUCGGAACACAUGUUGUUGUUUAUGAAUUUGAAAGAUCACCUCUACCCGAAAAAUCCCGUUCACCUUGGGCAAUAAAGAAAUUGAUCGAAAGCCAUAAACAACAAGAUUCUGCCAAAACUGCUAAUAAACGUUUAAAAGCAGAAGCCGAAAUUCUUCGUAAAUUAAAUCAUCCCAACAUAGUCGGGUUUAGAGCUUGUACUAAACAAUCAGAUGAUACGUGUAUAAUAGCUAUGGAAGGAUGUACUAGCUCGCUAGGGGAUUUAAUAGAGAACCGAUUAGAUUAUUUAGGAGACGUUCCGUUUCCUCCAAAUACUAUUCUUAAAAUGUCCAGUGACAUUGUUAACGCUUUGGAUUAUUUACAUAACGAAAAGUUGUUGUUACACGGUGAUAUUAAAUCAAUGAAUAUAUUGGUUAAAGGAGAGUUUGUGAUAUGUAAACUUUGUGAUUUCGGCGUGUCUUUACCACUCACUAAAGCCGGAGAAAUCGAUAAAGAAAAAGCCGGAGAAGACGUAGAGUACGCAGGUACACCUCAUUGGUGUGCACCAGAAGUUUUUCAAGAUAAUCAGAUAAUUACGUCCAAAGCUGAUAUUUAUUCGUUCGGUCUCGUUAUAUGGGAAAUGUUGUCACUUGCUCCACCAAAUAUGUCGGAAAGUUUCGAAGAAUCGUUUUUCGAUUCGUCAAUUGAUGAAAAAAUCGAACCAAGACAAAGACCUCCUUUACCGGAUGUAGAUUUAGAACCAGAGUAUAAUUUAGUUUUGGAAAUAUAUUUUUGUUGUACGAUUGUGGAUUUUAUGAAAAGACCAAAUGCUCAAAAUUUAGUGAAAGUCUUUAAUCAAAUUAUGGAUAAAAAAUGAUGAUUUUAUGUAUAUAACGAAGUUUAUUAAUUAAUUUUUUUAAAUCAGCUUCAAAUAAAAUAUUCAAAUUCA